AUGCUCGCCGCGGCUGCUGUUGGCCUGGCUGGGGGCGCGCCUCCCCAGGCGCGCACGCGGAGGUGGGCGGACGGCGGCUGCUCGAUCCAAGUCCUUGCCCCGCUCGCGCUGGACGCCGGGAGCAGACUCGGUGCCCUGCUGCCCUGCCUGGCCGCCUCACCUCUGCUCGAGCACGCGGUUGCACUCGCCGCUGGGAGGCGGUCUUGUUGCCCCGCUCCCGUGCGUAUCGCCGCCAAGCGGCGACCCCGGUGCUCCGUCCCCACGCAUCACGGUGGAGGGGUGAGCGAGGAGAAGGUCGCAGAUAUCAGGCUGGGCGGCGACCCCGGUGCUUCGUCCCCUCGGCUCGCGACGCUCGCCGUCUGUUCUGAUUUGCGUGGGGGAGACCAUUGCCGCCAGGCCGCCGACCUCGUCGCAACCCCUGGAACCUCGCCGAGCGCUCAGAUCCAUCCCAACUCGUCCAACGAGGGCACCCCUUGA